AUGGCCGCCUCCGCAGCCGGUUUCCAGAAUCGAUCGACAUCCGGGACCAUGCUCCCCGUCCAGGCUCACCCGAACCAACCAUACAUGGCUGGCCAGCAGGGACAGCGUAGUUUCUCCGGAGGCAUGGCCGGACCAGCCAUGUAUCGUGGCAAUGGUGCACCAAUCCAGCAAUAUGCCUUCGCUAGCACACCUAACUUGCACACCAACGUACCGCUUCAACCGUAUGGGGGGUACCGCACGACUUCGUCCCCCGUCGUGCCCACAGCACAGCAUAUGAUGCCUGUCUAUGACCAUAGAAGUAGGCAUAUGGGAGGUUCCAUGUCCAGUGCAUCGUACAGGGGCGCCAUGGGUGUGGGAGCGACCGGCUCCCGGGAUGAUUUGUCCUUGCCACAGCCUCGCGCCAUGCAGCCGGGACCGAGGCCUCAAUCUGCCUAUAUGUCGGGCGCUCCCAUGCAAAUGACUUUCGCACAGGCUGCUGCCAUGAGACCGGCGCCCGAUAGGUAUCGGCGGCCGGCUGGUCAAACCCAGCAGCAACCUCGCUAUCAAGUCAACAACUCAGGUUCUGGUACGGCCAAGGCUUAUGACUCGCAGCAUGCGGGCGAACCGCCCCGACAGGAUCGUGCCCCAACCCCCAAGAACUCGGAUGAGAAGGACCCGAAAUCACUGCGCCUGGUCACUAGCGACAACAGCAGCCAUGUUCGACAAGGCAGCUCGGAAAGCGUCUCUUCCAGCCGAAGCGGACACUCUCAACCAUCUUCUUCUGCCAACCGCAAUGUGUCUACCCCGACGGGCCAUUCAUCCUCGACAACUGGACAUUCCGAUGCCGCAGCGUCCAAACAAGAAUCCUCAAAAUCCGUAACUAUCCCCCCAAGAGCUUCAUCGUCAGAUGCGGCCAAACGAACCGUCAGUCCAUCGCCGUUAUCGAAAGAAGCGACCAUGGAGGGUAAAUCAGCUAUGGAAAAGCCACCUUCCUCUUCUGGCGACGCUCCGCAGCAAUCGGUUAACCAAUCGGCGACCGCAUCAACCGACGGUACUCUGAAUAGCCCUGCCGCGCAACAGCUGGCGGCCAUUAACCAAAACGGCGGCAAAUCGAAGAGCAAGACGUCGAGGUUGCGACGCGCUUUUUCCUUUGGCAGUGCCGCCGAUUUCAAGAAGGCCGCCGACAGCACGACAGGGUCGGAUUCCAUUGAGAGUAGCAAACAUGAGCCUGCCCGCCUUCGAAAAGAGCCGACCGGAGAUGAGCUCUUCGACGCUGAACAAGCGGCGAUCGCGAAAAAGCAGGAGGAGAGCGGUUUGGGCAACAACAUCUACGGAGGCCGGUUUUUCUCGGGCUCCACGGACAACCUAUCCGUGUCGUCUACUGCGUCGUCGGCGUCCAUCAUGAUCCGGAAGAUGGGACGUGGAAUGAAGAAGAGCAGUCGGUCCCUGGUUGGCUUAUUUAGACCAAAGUCCUCUCUUGGCGUCUCGGUCACAAAUGUGGCAGCGACAGAGGCUAGUCAGGCCGAGGUUUCGAUGAUCACCGUUGAGGCGGAGAGGGUCAAUGUGAACCCGAACCCGCGUACCCAGAACGGUGGCGGUACCGGGUUUCCCCACCUGGAGCGCAAUUCGUUGGAUAUGUCUAAUGCGCCCAGCAUGGUGUCGGAGCGCGGCGGCAGUUCCGGGACGGAGAAUUCUAGCGCGCGGAAGAGCAUCGUUGGGGGCGACAGGGAGCGGCAAGAAGUGCUGGCUGCGGUGAGGAAGGGCAUCCUGAAGCACCGGUCCGGAUCGCCAAGUUCAGGCGUCGAGAAGGGAUCCGGCCCCGAGCUUCCGGCGAUACCUCGCGUGUCGGAUUCGCCCAACUCCAGCGCCCCGAGCACGCCGAAUGAUGAGGCGCAUGGGCACAAACGCACGGGGUCGGUGGCCCUUGGCGGGGAAGACUACUUUGUAUCGGCAAUGAAGCUCCGACAGGACACAAAGAGUGCACCGACGACGCCACAGGGCGGCAAACGAAACGCGACUUUCUCCCCAAGGAUUGUGUUCUACGAUACGUGGCAUAGCCAGGAGUACGACCGGCGUGGUGAGAUUGCGACUUGCAACCGGCUCACGCCGAUGCUGGCACAGCAGAUCAAGGAGGAGCUGAACUCGUUCAAGAUGGUGAGUUUCGAUCAACGUUCUUCCAUGUGUCUAUCCCAUGGUUUCAAUGGAUGGCAAGACUGA